AUGCCGCGCGAACUGCGUUACUGCCGUCCAAGGCACGACCCCGAGGAGUCUCUGCUCGCGUAUUUAUCCAAGAAGUUCACCUAUCUAGCGGAUGCGGAGUGGCGUGAGCACAUUGCAGCCGGCCACAUCAGUGUCAAUGGGGCGACACUCACUAAUGAGUCCUACGUACUCCGGCAAGGUGAUGUGCUCCGCUUUGCUCCGCCGCGCUCCUUGGAGCCACCAGUGGACAAGAAUCACAUUGAGGUCCUCUAUGAAGACUCGAGGCUGAUGGUCGUUACCAAGAACGGUAACCUGCCAGUCGCCGAGGGUGGACGGUACUGUGAGAACACGUUAGUGGGGGUUCUACAACGCCGUGGCACCGCCUCUUUCUACACCGCCGCCACGCGUAUCGGCACUGCCACAGCACAUGAGCACAGAGAGAAGGUGUCUGACACUCUCACGCAUACUGGCGAAGUUGCCGAGACUACAGCUUACGUUGAGUGUUCGACGGCUAUGGGCGCGAGCGGCGAAGGGGCUCAAAUCUCUACUCCACCUCCCUCCCGACGGCGACUGGUGGAUGACACGCAUUGGACUGCUGCGGUCGACGUAGCGCCGGGCAUCUCUGCACUGUUGCCUGAUGCACCACCACCGCAGCAGCGAAGCCCGCUCAACCUUUUCACCAUCCAGCGGCUAGACAAGGAAACCUCGGGUGUUGUGGUGCUGGCGAAGCACAGCGUCACUGCAAGAAAGUUGGCAGCGCAACUGGAGGCGCAGACAAAAGGCUGUACUGACGCUGUGGAGUCGUGGCUGCGCGAGCGCGGCCACACCGUGCCGUUCUGCUCUGACGUGUUCGGCGAGCUACUUCAGCUCGAGGCCCACGUAGUGCACAAGUCGUACACGGCGGUGCUUCGAGGUGCUGCCCCAGAGGGCCACACCUUUGUGGUGGUGAACUGCAUGGACUGCAUGGCGAAACACCCGACGCACUCGUUGGAGGCGCAACAUACGCAGCUCAAGAGGCUCAAAAUGUGCUGUGAACCGUUGAGAGGCAUGUCCGAUGCACCCACAGCGUCAUCCUUGCCGACCCAACCAACGGAGCAGCGGAGCCACUGGGGAAAAUUGGCUGCCACUCGCAUACGUGUCUUGGCGAGCAACAAAGUACUCGGGCUGACAUGCGUACACGUGGAGCUCCUCACCGGUCGAAGUCAUCAGAUUCGCCUGCACUGCGCCGCUAUUGGUUACCCGGUGCUAGGCGACAAGCUCUACAUGACGACGACACCUGGAAGAGAGGGCGGCGCCACUGCCGUGUCCGACGCGGUGUACCUCGAGCGAGUUCGGCGUGAAGAUGACCCAUUUCUUCCCAUUGACGACGACCUCAGCGACACGGGUGGCACCGACAGAACCAGCAGAAUGAGGUGCCGGCGCCACUUGCUGCAUGCAACGCGGAUCGCCUUUGAACAUCCAGACAUUUCGCCAGCGCACUGGAUGACUUUCACGACGUCGCCGGUGUCCUUCUUCGCUGCAGAUGUUCGCUUCGAAUCCGAAGCGGACUCCUUGCAGUUCAUUCAGUGGCUGACAGGCGCCGUCUCGCGCCCCCUAGCAAGCAGGGAUAUCUCACAGAGUUGA